CAGCUCUGGAGCUCUGAUAUAACAGUUCAUAAACCUCACUCUGCUGGACUUUAACUAGCAGGAAUAUGCAGUAAAUAAGAAUCCUCCAGAAGCCUGUUUCCUGAUGUCUGCUUUACUGCCGUGGUUCAGAUGACAUUCAUUGUUGAAGGCCGGGUUUUAUCGUGGAAUGAGAAAGGUCUCCUUCAGAUGGAUGAUUACUUGGUGUCAGUCAGGAUUCUGUGGCACAGCUGAGCCUCGUUUUAUGUCGCCUUUGUCCAGAAGACGUGGAUGUAAUCUCAUUACUGCCUCCACCGUAGAUUCAUGCAGCGGAGCGGUGGACGUCUGCUGGCUGUUCUGUGAUUUGAUGGAAAACGUGGGCCGGCCGCUCCACCGCCGAUCACUGAAUAAAUCUGAGACGGUGUGACGUUUAUGGCUGAGGUUUGAAUGGAGGAGAUAAGAUGGAGGAGAAGGUCAGGAGGCUUUAGACACGUUAUCCUCCAUCCUCUGUAGAGGUAGUUUGACCAGAGAGGGGACGGCGCUGGUGCUGCCGGCCAGGAGAGGAUGCUGGAGGCUGGGGGACGGAGGCUGACAGACAUGGGCUGUGGAGCGCUCUGCCCUCCAGUGUCUGAGCUUCAGGAGGAGGGAAUAAACGCCAUCAACCUUCCUCUCAGCCCUUCACACUAUGAGCUGGACCCUGAGGACACCAUGCUGGAGGAGAACGAGGUGCGAACCAUGGUCGACCCCAACUCCAAGAACGACCGAAAGCUGCAGGAGCUCAUGAAGGUGCUGAUCGACUGGAUAAACGACGUCCUGGUUGGUGAGAGGAUCAUCGUCAAGGAUCUGGCUGAAGAUCUCUAUGAUGGACAAGUUCUGCAGAAGCUGUUUGAGAAGCUGGAGGGGGAGAAGCUGAACGUGGCCGAGGUGACCCAGUCGGAAAUCGCCCAGAAACAGAAGCUCCAGACGGUUUUAGAGCGAAUCAACGACUCUCUGAAGCUCUCCACCAGGAACAUCCGCUGGAACGUCGACUCGGUCCAUGCUAAGAGCAUCGUCGCCAUCCUCCACCUGCUGGUGGCGCUGUCGCAGCACUUCAGAGCUCCAAUCAGACUGCCGGACCACGUCUCCAUCCAGGUGGUCGUCGUACAGAAGAGAGAAGGAAUCCUUCAGUCCAGACAAAUUCAAGAGGAAAUCACCGGAAACACCGAGGCUUUCUCUGGCAGACACGAGCGCGAUGCUUUCGACACCCUGUUCGACCACGCUCCGGAUAAACUGAAUGUGGUCAAAAAGACAUUGAUCACUUUUGUGAACAAACACCUGAACAAGCUCAACCUGGAGGUGUCUGAGCUCGACACACAGUUUGCAGACGGCGUCUAUCUGGUGCUACUGAUGGGGCUGCUGGAGGGAUACUUUGUGCCGCUCUACAACUUCUUCCUCACACCGGAGAACUUCGACCAAAAGGUUCACAACGUGUCCUUCUCCUUUGAGCUGAUGCAGGACGGAGGUCUGGAGAGACCAAAGCCUCGACCUGAAGACAUUGUGAACUGUGACCUGAAGUCGACCCUUCGCGUCCUCUACAACCUCUUCUCCAGGUACAGGAACGUCGACUGAGCACCAAGAGGGAACAAUUUAUCAGACAUGGACCACGAGCUAACGCUAAUCUACAUGUUCUUAUUGUUUUUAUUCCGUUUUUAACUGAAUGCAUGCGUCACAUUUCACUAAACCACCUAAAGACUGUCUUUUAUUUUGAAAUUCCUGCAGACAUUUGACUUGUAGAAUCCAACUGACAGUGAAGAACUACAACUUUAUUUCCGUUUAGAGAUAAUCCUACGAUGAUUUAAGCCUUGAACAACCCUUUAUCUGUAUUUAUUGUACAUUUUUAUACUCUGGUUCCAUCUUCCUGCUGCGUUCUGUCGCUCAUUAAGUGCCUUUAUUUAAAUAUUCCAGCUCCUCCUCAUCUAAACGCUCCACGUUUCCUACUUGAAAUAUUCGACCAAAACUCCGUAGCGUCACACUUUUAACCUCCUGCUUUUUGUAUUUUAUAUUCUGAAAUGUUUCUCAUCAGUUUGUGUCGUUUCAGAUCCACAGGCUCUGAUUUAUUCACUUUAUUUGUUGUUUGGGACCCAAAACUAACUUCUGUAGAAUGUUUUGGCUGAAUUCUGAGGAUUUCAUGUUUUCAGACUUGGACGUUUUUGUUUUUUCACCUUGAAAAACCAGCUGUGGAACCAUUUUAAUGGUUCAAUAUCUCCAGAAAUAAAACUCCUGCAGCCAUGAAAUGUGGUUUAAACUCAGACGGGACAGUUUACAGCAGAUUAUAAGGAUUGAAUGGAUCCAACAGAGAACAAACGUUGAAUUAUUGGUCCUUGAAAAUGGAAGAAAAGUUUCAGAUCAUUCAAUCCAGGCUGGUCUAGUGUCUCCAUAAAGUUCCUGUAUAUCUAUGGAUGGAUCCAUGUUUCUACUAAAAUACAGUCUUUGGUCGACAUUUCACCAAAAACGACUGGAAUCUCGUCCAAACUGGCUCAAAAUUGGUCUAAUAUAAGAUUUAAAAAAUGGUCCAUAAUGAUGCGAAACUUACUCUUAAAAGAGGUGAGACUAGCAUCAGUAGAAUCUGAUGUUUACACUUGAAAUCUUUCCAAAAUGAAUCAAAAUUGUCCAAAAUUACUUGAAAUUUGACCAAAAUAUCAAUCUAACAUUUCUUAAAACCUGUACGAAAUGACAGAAAUUUAUCUAAAAUAAGAUAAAGAUUGUUUAUAACCAAUCAAAUCUGCUCAGAAUUACUCAAAAUUUCUCUAAAAUUACAUUAAAGUGUCCAAAUUCACAAUAAUGAAUAAUUAUUGGUCAUUGAAAAUUUAAAAAAAACAACUAAAUUUCCAAUCCAGGCUGGUGUAGUGUCUCCAUAAAGUUCCUGUCAGUGUUUAUCUAUGGAUGGAUCCAUGUUUCUGCUAAAAUCCAGUCUUUGUUCCACAUUUGACCAAAGAUGAUUGGAAUCUCAUCCAAACUGUCUCAAAAUUUGUUUAAAAUGAGAUAAAGAAUGUGUGAACUGACCACCAUUUAGACCACCUUUGUCCUAUUUUGAACAAAUUUUACGUGUUUUGUCAAAGUUUUCGGUCAUUUUGAAUGAGUUUGAGUCACUUUGGACCAUCUUUGUCUUAUUUUACACAAAUUCUGACCAAUUCUAGACGAGAUUUAAGUCUUCUUUGGUGAAGUGUGGACCAAAGACUGUAUUUAGUAGAAACAUGGAUCCAUCCAUCUAUAAACACUUACAGGGACUUUAUGGAGACACUAGACCAGCCUGGAUUGGAGGUUUUUCCCUUUUUGCCCAUUUUUUCCUCUUGGAUCUAAACUGUUCUGUGUUUUCACCAUAUUUCAUGUCUGCAGGAGUUUUAUUUCUGAACAUUAAAACGGCUUCACAGCUUUUUUCUUUUUAGUUUUCCAGGUCUGAAAACAUGAAAUUCUCUAGAUUUAACCCAGUUCUUUUCCAGAACUUAGUUCUUAGGUCCCAAACAACAAAUAAUUCAAGCAAAUCUUAGCGGUGGAUCAACGUUUUCCUGAACUGAGACAAACUGAAGCUUCAGUUCUGUUUGUUGGAGACGUUUCUGUAAAACAAUUAAAGUUUGACUGAACAAAUCAAA